GCGCGCCGCCGCAGCCGAGCCACUCUCCGUUCUCCCGACCGCCACCAUGUUGGGCUGGUUCUAUGGUGGCACCAAGAGCACCAACGUGCGGGUCUCCCUGCCCGCUGUCUGCUUUGUGUGGCAAAUCGCCAUGAUUGUCCUGUUCGGGGUCUUCAUCAGAUACAACGAGGAGGCGGACACUCAUUGGCAGGAGUUCAGGAGGGAAAACAACAUCUCCAGCGACAUUGAGAAUGACUUCUACUUCCGAUACCCAAGCUUCCAGGACGUGCACGUCAUGAUCUUUGUCGGGUUCGGCUUCCUCAUGACCUUCUUGAAGCGGUACAGCUUCGGCGCAGUGGGCUUCAACUUCCUGGUGGCAGCCUUCGGUAUUCAGUGGGCUCUGCUCAUGCAGGGUUGGUUCCAUACCCUGGACCCGGCCACAGGGAAGAUCCUGAUUGGUGUAGAGAACUUGAUCAACGCAGACUUCUGUGUGGCCGGGUGCCUGAUCGCCUACGGGGCGUUGCUGGGGAAAGUCAGCCCAGUCCAGCUUCUGGUGCUCACAUUGUUUGGCGUCACACUGUUUGCUGUGGAGGAGUACAUCAUCCUCGACCUGCUGCAUGCUAGGGAUGCUGGAGGCUCCAUGGUCAUCCACGCCUUCGGAGGCUACUACGGGUUGGCUAUUUCCUGGGUCCUCUACCGCCCUAACUUGAACCUGAGCAAGCGCCUCAACGGCUCGGUCUACCAUUCUGAUGUCUUCGCCAUGAUUGGUACACUGUUCCUGUGGAUGUUCUGGCCCAGUUUCAACUCUGCCAUCACGGACCACGGGGACGGGCAGCACCGCGCGGCAAUCAACACCUACCUGGCGCUGGCCUCCUCGGUCCUGACGGCGGUGGGCAUCUCCAGUGUCACGCAGAAGAAAGGGAAGCUGGACAUGGUUCACAUCCAGAACGCCACCCUGGCAGGGGGCGUUGCUAUGGGAACUGCAGCGGAGUUCAUGAUCACCCCGUACGGAUCGCUGAUUGUUGGUUUCUGUUGUGGCAUCAUCUCUACCUUCGGCUAUGUCUUUGUUACGCCACUCCUGGAGAAAUACCUGAAGCUGCAGGACACGUGUGGAGUCCACAACCUGCACGCUGUCCCGGGGAUGCUGGGGGGCUUCAUCGGAGCCAUCGUCGCUGCCUCGGCAACGGAGGAGGUGUACUCCAGAGAAGGGUUAAUCAACACGUUUGACUUUGAGGGGGACUUCGCCGACCGGACGGUUGGGACUCAGGGCGGCUUCCAGGCCGCCGCCUGCUGUGUGGCCAUCGCCUUCGGCAUCGUCGGAGGGGGGUGUGUGGGUCUGGUUCUGAAGAUCCCUAUCUGGGGCGACCCGGCUGAUGACAACUGCUACGACGACGAGGCUUACUGGGAGGUCCCAGAGGAUGACGAAAGCAUCCCUCCGAUUCUGGAGUACAACAACCACAUGAUCCACAAGCUUCCGGACCUAUCGGAGUCCAACUUCCAGGUGGAGCAGAUCUAGGAGCAGCUACGGGCCGUUGAACCAGACGAGUGGAGGCCCUGAUCACUGUUACCUUGUUGGACAGGAACUUUUAUUGUCACAGAUGACUUUUUUGUGUAACACAAUUAAGCUGUCCCUAUUAUUACUUGUUACUAUGCUAUUAAAAGCACAAAGUGGAUAGUAUUCCUGUAUACAUAAGGAACAACGACCAAAUUAAAUAAAGGCAUACAUAGCGGACAUGAAUGAAGGAUAAUCUCAGGGUACAAGGAUAGGCUUACGGAGCACUUCUUGGCCUAUCCUAUAGGUGUUCUCAUCUGAAGGACUUUACAUUUACUUUCAGGCCUAUGGUCUCUGGUCAUGUAGGCUUUCGCUAAUGUGCAGCAAUAAUCAGUUUAAAUGUAAGUUUGCUUUGAUUAUGAACAAAGCCUACCAGAUAGGUGUAGUGAAGGCCAGUGAAGCAAAACCCUGUAUAUAUAGUAUAUUUGGUCCUUUCCAUUAACGUUAAGCAUGUAGUAUUCCUAGGCCUACUGCCUAAAAUCAGAAGGAUCGGAUUUUCAUCAAUGAGCAUUUGUUAAUGCUUUAUAAUAUCUUUAAUCAAACAUGAUGCUUAAUGAUUGUAUAUACCUUCUGAUAUAGUUCUGUAUAUAUAUAUAUAUAGAUAUUUUGUAGAGGCAUUGUUUUCCCCUAAAGAUUUUGCCCUCAAAUCGAGCAAAUAAUCAAAAUUUCUCCAAUUGGCCAUUAGUCAAAAUAAAUUAAUGAAUUAACUUUCUUUAACAUGAUAGUUCAUUCAGUAGGUCGCCUCGUUUUUUUUUUAUGUAUUUCUAACUAAGAUAACUAUAUUGCUCAUAAAUUUGUCUU